AUGGUCACAGAAGGAAUUGUGCUUGGACAUAAGAUUUCAAAAAAGGGAAUUGAGGUCGACAGGGCUAAGACAGCAGUUAUUGAGACCCUACCACCACCGCACAAUGUGACAUCCUUGAGAAGUUUCUUGGGACAUGUAGGAUUUUAUAGAAGAUUCAUAAAAGAUUUCUCAAAAAUCGCAAGGCCAUUGACUAAGUUGUUAGAAAAGGACGCCAUCUUUGAAUUAAAUGAAGAUGCUAUGAAGGCAUUCCGGAAUUUAAAGGAUGCCAUAGUACAUAAUCCAAUCCUUGUAGGACCAAAAUGGGAUCAACCCUUUGAGUUGAUGUGUGACGCGAGCAAUUUCGCUGUUGGAGUUGUGCUAGGGCAGAAAAAUGAUAAGAAAUUUCAGCCUAUCGCCUAUGCUAGUCGAAUGUUGACUAAGCCGCAGCAAACUUAUACCACGACCGAGAAAGAACUUUUUGCAAUCGUGUUUGCGUUAGAUAAAUUUAGAUCAUAUCUCUUAAUGUCAAAAGUCGUCAUUCAUACUGAUCAUGCAGCUAUCAGAUUUCUCAUGUCUAAACCUGAAGCAAAACCAAGGUUGAUCAGAUGGAUUUUGCUAUUACAAGAAUUUGACGUGACUAUCGUGGACCGAAAAGGAGUUGAAAACAGUGCAGCAGAUCAUUUGUCAAGGUUAGAGAAUGAGAAAGAACAGGAUAUGAUUAGGGAUGUGAAUGAAUAUUUUCUAGAGGAAAAGCUGAUGGGUCUCUAUCUCGCACCUUGGUAUGCGGAUCUGGCUAACUAUCUUGUAGGGGGAGAGUUACCGGAAUUUUUAAAUACACACGCCCAAAGAAAGUUAAUAGCAGAAUCUCGAUACUACUUCUGGGACGAGCCAUAUCUCUUCAAACUAACCGAACUACUCGGAGAGCACUUGAAGCAGGAUUCUACUGGCCCUCAAUAUUUCGGGACACUCAAAUCUGUGUCAGAAACUGUGAUAGAUGUCAGCGAACUGGAAAUAUCACUGGAAAGGACGAAAUGCCGCAAAACUACAUCUUGGCUGGAUUAUGUCUCCAAAUGGGUUGAAGCAGAAGCACUUCGGAACAAUGACGCAAGAAGUGUAACAAGAUUUCUAAAAAGAUUAUUCACAAGAUUUGGAGUACCGCGAAUUGUGAUCAACGAUAGGGGGACACACUUCAGGAACAUACCCAUGCGAAGAUUACUUCAAAAGCAAGGUAUACAACACCGGGGAGGGGUCUCGUAUCAUCCUCAAACUACAAGACAAGUCGAGAAUGCGAAUAGAGAUAUUAAAGCCAUAUUCGAAAAGACAGUAGCUCGGCAUACAAGGGAUUGGGUUGACAAGCUUAACGAUGCAUUAUGGGCCUUCCGGACUGCUUAUAAGACGCCGAUAGGAACUACUCCAUACAGAUUGAUCUCGUUGCAAGAACAUGAGAAUCAUCCAUCUAAGCAUUUUGAAGCAAUAUGA